AUCUCCAUAUCCAUCCACCAUGUCUUGCUCUGUCCAUACAUCAACCUGCUUUAGUCCCAAGACCGUAGUCACUCCGAUUCGCUGUGGUACACCAGUUCCUUGUGCACCCAAAGCCUACAGUGUUUAUGGCUGUGGUUUUGGAGGAAGCACCCGCAUCUCUUCCUCCAGUUAUCGUCGGGUCGGUUGCUAUCCAGAUCUGCUAUGCAAAAUUGGCGGAGGAUACGGAGGUUAUAGCAAACUGAAGUGCAACAAAAUCAUGCCCGGGAACUGUGACUACCUCCAGGUGAAUGAGAAGUGCACCAUGCAGAACCUGAACGACCGCCUAGCAUCCUACAUGGAGAAGGUGCGCUCGCUGGAGGCUGCCAAUGCCAAUUUGGAGAGGCAGAUCCGCGAGUACUAUGAGAACAAGGGACCGAUCUGCCAGCGGGACUACAGCCCCUACUGGAACACCAUCAAUUGCUUGAAGGAAAAGAUUGAAGCUGCAGCCAUCAACAAUGCCAACAUCCUCCUGCAGAUCGACAACGCUAAACUGGCUGCUGAUGACUUCAGGAUAAAAUAUGAGCAUGAGUUAGCAGUGCGACACUCUGUGGAGGCCGACAUUGCUAACCUGCGCCGCUUGUUGGACCAGUUGACCCUGACAAAGACCGACCUGGAGGCCCAAGUCGAGACUCUGCAGGAUGAUCUAGCAUGUUUGAAGAGGAACCACCAAGAGGAUGUGGCAGCACUACUGUGUCAGUUGACAGACACUAAAGUAUGUGUGGAAGUGGAUGCUGCUCCUCAGCAAGACCUGAACAAGACUUUGGAUGAAAUCCGUUGCCAUUAUGAGAACAUCAUAGACAAACACCGCAGAGAACAGGAGUGCUGGUUCAAAGAGAAGACGGCGCAACUGUGCAAAGAUGUGGCCAGCCACUCAGAGUGCCUAGAAACCUCUAAGUCACAGAUCUCAGAUUUGCGGCGUACUUUGCAGUGCCUGGAGAUCGACCUACAGUCUCAAAUCAGCAUGAAAAGAGCAUUGGAGUGCUCACUGUCUGAAACAGAGGCUAGGUACAGCAAUAUGCUAGCAGGCUACCAGAAACAUAUCAAUACAUUAGAGGCAGAGCUUUGUCAGGUGCGCGCUAGCAUUGAGCAGCAGGGCAGAGACUAUGCUGCACUGCUGGACAUCAAGAGCCGUCUGGAGCAGGAGAUCGCCACCUACAGGUGCCUCUUGGAAAAGCAGGAAAUUCAGUAA